GACCUACACUCUUUGGUUCCCGAACAGGCUAGCCUAGUUGAUCCAUUCAUCCUUGAAUGUUUAGACAAAAUAUAGCCGUCGCUGCAAAGCGUUAUAUGUCAGCCAUGUCGCAAUCCGUCACGCCGAUGGAGGACGCGUUGCGGGCAAAGAUUACGGAUGCGCUGAAGCCUUCGACCCUACAGAUCUUUAACGACUCACACAAGCACGCACACCAUCAAGCCAUGCAAGGAGUCACCAGCAGAGAGACACAUGUAGUCUCGUCAUCACGUCUUCAGCUUUCGAAGGCAAAAUGCAACUGGCGCGGCAUCGCAUGGUCAACACACUCAUGAAAGAUGAACUGGCACAAGAAGGCGGCAUUCAUGCACUGCAGCUUACAACACGAACGCCACAAGAGGAAGAGAACAAAAGGCAAAAGGAAGCUACUCGUGCUUGAGACCCUUUAGCAGCCAAGUGCGAAUACUUUAAGAUACCCAUCGAAAUUCAUACAUCGCAACCUCACCC